AUGUCGUCAUCGUCAUGUUCGUCGAAUGAAGUGUUUACCAAUGAACUUGUCAGAAAGCGCUUAAUACCUUAUCUUGAUAAAACACCAAGUUAUGUUGAUGAACUCUCGCAAAGCGUACCAAGAUUAAAACGAUCACGGCGAGCAUCUGUUCUUAUCCCUCUUUAUUGUAAUCAAGUAACAAAUCGAAUAGAAGUUUUACUCAUAAAACGAUCAGAAAAAAUGCGGUCACAUACAGGAAUGGUUGCUUUUCCUGGUGGAAUGGCUGAUCCAACGGAUCGUGAUCGAGUUCAUACAGCUGAACGAGAAGCUGAAGAAGAAAUAGGUCUUGAACCAAGCAAAUAUUCAUUAGUUGGCUGUCUUUUACCAAUCACUGAUUCUCGUAUUGUUGUUAUAACACCUGUUGUGGCUUUACUUGAUUCGCCGAAAUUUGUUGAUUUUCGUUUAUCUCCUGAUGAAGCAUCAGAUGCAUUCUAUGUUGAUUUGGAACAGUUUCUUUUAGCUAGUCAAAAUUAUAAAAUGCUAGAAAUCGGCGAUGAUUUUGUUACACAUCAUUUUAAUGUUGACAAAUAUCAUAUUUGGGGUGUUACUUCUUAUCAAUUAAUUCUAUUAGCAGCAUUAGUUUAUCAACGAGCACCAGAAUUUCCAGUUUUUCGUCAUGCACAAUAUUUAGAUUUAAAACAAAUAAAACAACAGCAGAUGGAUUUUUUUCGGCUUUGUGUUGAUUAUCGGAAUAGAAACGAAAAAAAAGAAAACAGCAAAGAGAAAAGUCGUUUAUAA